UUCCACUACACAAUUUUACAGUCCACAACGCCGGGAUGAGUCCUAAAUCCCUCCGACACGGUGCGAUAAGCAGAUACCAAGUGAUGCUGGGCCGGCUGAUGGGAAGAACGGGUCCAGUAUGCCGAUCCAACACGCGCCUUGGUGCCCACUGUCGCAUGGUAGCAAGCGAUGAGCAGCUAUACUUCAUCGUGUCUCCCUGAACGCCGAGUGCAUUUCCAGCUGGAUCUCUGAUAACUUUCGCCUUCAACCAUUCUCGCCAUGACUGUCGCCAUGGGCCCAUCUUCCAAGCUUUUCGAACCGUUGACCAUUGGCAAUGGCAAGAUCAAGCUCGACCAUCGCGUUGUGCUCGCACCUAUGACCAGGAAUCGAGGAACACCACUGAGUGCGGAAAGUACGGCGGAGAAGCCAAAUCGCAUCUGGCUCCCAAAUGACCUCAUGGUUGAGUAUUACACUCAACGCGCAAGCAAAGGCGGACUGAUCAUCACCGAGGGCGUCCCACCUUCUCUUGAGGGCAAUGGAAUGCCAGGUGUGCCUGGUCUGUUCAUCGAAGAGCAAAAGGCGGGCUGGAAGAAGAUUGCAGACGCUAUUCACGCACAGGGCGGCUACGCUUACGUUCAGAUUUGGCACUCCGGACGCGCAAACAUCCCACAAUUGACCGGAACGCCAAUCCUUAGCCCUUCUGGUCUGCCUUGGGAUAGCUCAGACGAAUGUUUCGCAUAUCCUCCCCCACACACAUCCAAACAAGUACGCUACAUCGACAACCCACCUAUCGAGCUCACCGUUGAGCACAUUAAGAAGACUAUUCAAGACUAUGUGCGCACAGCUAAGUGGGCCAUGGAGUGCGGCUUCGACGGCGUUGAGGUCCACGGAGGCAACGGAUACCUGCCCGAGCAAUUCCUUGCUUCCAAUGUCAACAGACGAACAGAUGCAUACGGAGGUAGUCCAGAGAAGCGAUGCACGUUUACGCUUGAGCUCAUGGACGAGCUGAGCAAGGCGAUUGGAGAGGAGAACUUGGCGAUUAGGCUCACACCCUUUGGGUUGUUCAACCAAAUUCGUUCCGAGCAGCGUAUGGAGACAUGGUCCACGCUAUGUCGCAAGCUGAAGGAAGCUCACCCAAACUUGUCAUACGUUAGCUUCGUCGAGCCGCGCUAUGAGCAAAUCCACAGCGGGACCGAAAAGCAGAAGUUCCUCGAUUCGUGGGGAUUGACCUCAAUCGACCUCAACCCUUUCCGCGAGAUUUUUGGCACAACACCUUUCUUCUCCGCUGGCGGUUUUGAUGACACGAACUCAUGGGGCGUCUUGGAGUCCGGAAAGUACGAUGCGCUCCUGUACGGUAGGUACUUCACCAGCAACCCUGAUCUGCCAGAGAGGCUGAAGGAAGGACUACCUCUUGCGCCGUAUGAUCGCAGUAGGUUUUACGGGCCUUUCGAAGAUAAUUCAAUUGGCUUCACGGAUUACCCAGAGUGGCAGCACGGGAGCACACCAUAGAGGUCGUACGUUGCGACAAAGCUGUGCUCGAGUUACAUCUUUUGAAUUGUGUUACCGAUGAGCAGACACUGCAUCUUUUCUGGUGGUCAGCAACAGCUCUGCGGAACAUAUCUCGUGGGGGCGCAGAUGACCAGUAAUGCCUAAUGAUAGCAUUUUCGAAAUAUCGACAUCUUGAAGAGACAUGCAUGACCCA